AUGAGCUCGCCCAAGCGCAGGAUCGAGACAGAUGUCAUGAAACUCCUCAUGUCCGACUACGAGAUCACACUCAUCAACGACAACAUGCAGGAAUUCUACGUCCGCUUCCACGGGCCAGCAGAGACCCCGUUCCAGGGCGGCGUGUGGAAGAUCCACGUCGAGCUUCCGGACCAGUACCCUUACAAGUCGCCCUCGAUCGGCUUCAUGAACAAGAUCUUCCACCCCAACAUUGACGAGCUCUCGGGCUCCGUCUGCCUCGACGUCAUCAACCAGACCUGGUCGCCCAUGUUUGACUGCAUCAACAUCUUUGAAGUCUUCCUGCCCCAGCUCCUCCGCUACCCCAACCCCACCGACCCGCUCAACGGCGAGGCCGCCGCCCUCCUCAUGCGCGAACCCAAGACGUACGAGAGCAAGGUCAAGGAGUACGUGUCGCGCUACGCCACAAAGGAGGCCGCCGACGGCGCCGGCGACGAGGAUGAUGAGGAUGACGAGGAUGAGGACGAGAUGAGCGACGUCGGCAGCAUCUCGGACGACGAGGGGCCCGCCGGCAACAUGGAGCUCUGA